AUGCCUGACCAAAUUGUAUCAGAUAAACAGCGCUUAAAAGAUUUUUUGUCCAAACGUAUCUCCAUUAAAGGGCAGAUAACUAAAUUCAAAAAUUACGUACAUACCUUAAAAGAUGAACCUGAGCUGCAUAAAUUGCAAAUUGAUGAAUUAACACUAAAAUUAGCAAAAUUUGAAGCAUUGUUAGUUAAGUUCGAUGAUCUGCAAAGUAAAAUCGAGGUUCUUGACUCAGAUAAUGUGAGUGAGGAAAUUGAUGAAAGAUAUUUAAUAGAACAAGACACUAUUUCGAACAUUGCAAUAGCUAAGGCCAUAUUAGAGUUUCACAAAAAAGAGCGCAACAAUUGUUCAAACCAUGAUCAUUACGAGCAUCAAGAAAUAGGUUUGAAAUUACCUCAGAUAGAAAUAGCUAAAUUUGACGGUGCAUAUUUCCGCUGGCUAGAAUUUCGGGAUACUUUUGAAAAUUUAAUUCACAACAAUGAUAAACUCUUACCUAUUAGUAAAUUUCAUUAUCUUAUUUCUUAUUUACAAAGCGAUACAGCACGCAUAAUUUCAAACCUAGAAGUGUCCUCCGCAAACUACGCUGAUGCCUGGAAGUUGCUUUACAGCCGUUAUAACAAUAAACGCAUUUUAGUAAACCAUCACCUCAACUCAUUAUUUAGUAUUAAGCUACUUCCACGUGAAUCAGAAAGGUCUUUGCAAUUUUUAGUCGAUCAUGUAAUAAAAAAUUUACGCGCUUUAGCCAGCCUUGGUCAACCAACAGACAUUGUCUUGUCAUUUUUAUGUUAUCAGCAAAAUUGGACAAUAUUACAAUAA